UGUAAAGGUAACUGCACUGAGUUUUCUUUGGGGACAUCCGGGUAAAGGGGAUCAAAUAGCAACAACAUAUUUCAGAUUAUGUUUUAAUUUUUUUUAACUUUUGCUUCACAGCCUUCAGCUACUUUUUGUUAUGUCACAUAAAUUCCCAUUAAUGAAGUGUUGCUGUGUUUGUUUGUGUUGGAACAUGGACAUGCCGACCUGUCCUGAUUAUGUUGGUUCCAGUGCUACGUUGAUGGACCGUAUGGGACGCCUACCCGUCAGAUCUUUGCCUCUGAACAUGCUGUGCUGAUCGGAGCUGGAAUAGGAAUCACACCAUUUGCUUCCAUCCUGCAGAGCAUCAUGUACCGGUACCGCAUGAGGAAGCACAACUGUCCCAACUGCAACUACUCCUGGUGUGAAAACAUCAAAGACAACGACAUGGAGCUGCGUAAAGUCGACUUCAUCUGGAUCAACAGAGACCAGCGUUCCUUCGAAUGGUUCGUUAGUUUGCUCACCAAACUGGAGAUGGACCAGGCUGAUGGCGAGCCAGAGGGGCGCUUCCUGGAGAUGCACAUGUACAUGACAUCAGCUCUUGGCAAGAACGACAUGAAGGCCAUCGGCCUGCAGAUGGCGCUCGACCUUCUGGCCAAGAAAGAGGAGAAAGACUCCAUCACAGGCCUGAAGACCAGAACUCAGCCAGGCCGACCCGAAUGGGGGAAGGUGUUCCAGAAACUGUCCGAGGAAAACAAAGGUAAAGUGCACGUGUUCUACUGCGGCGCUCCGGCUCUGGCUAAAGUCAUCAAAGCUCAGUGUGAAACGUUCGGCUUCAACUUCUACAAGGAAAACUUCUGAAGACGUCUGCUGCAGCUCUGUUUGUUCUCACAUCUUCAUGAAGACCAAACCCGACAGAAAAUCUACUCAAGGAGCCUCCAGGAAACGAAGGGAGCAAAAUGGUUCCCAUGAUGUAGGACUCUAGUUUAGACUUACAGUCAAGUAAUGUUAGGAAUUCAAUGUUGGUUGGAAGUAAAGGAG